AUGGCAUUGGAACUUCUCGCGAUGCUCACACGUAUGCGCACGCAGAUGGGUCGCGCCUUCAACAAGGCACCUGGUCCUGGGUCCGUCUCCGCGCAGGUCCGAUCGAUAGCAGACCGUAACGAGGCCCUUGGGGUCCCUGCUAUACCAGGAGAGGCUUCUGUGUACAUUACAAAGGAUGAUGCGAGGGAGGCUCAGCAUGCUGAAUCGACAAUACAUGGCGGAAAAUUCCCUCGCGGUGGGAUUGUGGCAGAGAUGCAGCUGAUACUGGUCUAG